CCGACGUCGGAACAGCAACGUCGCGCCGCGUCUUUUUAAAUUCAUUCAAUUCGUCCCGAGGAGAAAAUAUUUCCUCGUGGUCUCCGUGUGUGCUUCUGUGUAUGUAUGUAUUGGUGGGUGCGUGUGUAAUUUGUUGCAUCUUUCUUUUAUCCCGUCAUUGAAGGAAGCAUAUUUUUUCUUUCUUUUUUUUUUUGGUUACAGUGUCGAAUGCCUAGAGCAGCACCAAAACAGUGGUCUUUGAAACAAUGGUAGAAACACCCCUUUCUAGUGAAAUAACACGCAGCCAGCAUGAAGAAGUCAAAGUUACACGCCAAAUCGCACCACUCAUAUCAGUAUCUGGAAAAACCCAGGGCUAAACCUUCUUUGGGUUUGUUCGAUUCCCUUAUCAAUUCGUUAACGACAUUUUUGUGGCCGGUGGCGAACGAUUUUAGUUCAGCACCCGCGAGAAGUUGGAUCGAGGCAACUUUUCACAAACGGGAAUGUUCCAGAUACAAGCCGACUGCUAAGGACGAAUCACGAUGUUGUUGUGGACGCACGUUAGAACAGCACAAAUACCUGGUGGAUCCGAACCCCAUGGCCCCUGGGGAGAUCUGGUAUCCGUCGAAAUGUACCGUGGCCCACCCUACGGACGCCUAUGGUACCCUGGAGUUCCAGGGUGGGCCGCACCCUUCCAAAGCACAAUAUAUCAGGGUAGCACACGACACCAAACCCGACCACCUGAUGCAACUGAUCACGCGCGAAUGGGGUCUCGAACUACCGAAGUUGCUGAUCUCGAUCCAGGGGGGCAAAGCGAACUUCGAGCUGCAGCCGAAGCUGAAGAAGGUGCUGAGGAAGGGGCUGCUGAAGGCCGCGAGGUCCACUGGGGCCUGGAUAUUCACCGGGGGGACCAACACUGGUGUAACAAAACACGUGGGAGAUGCUUUGUUACUUGAAAGGUCACAAAGGACCGGCAGGGUGAACACUCUGGGAAUCGCCCCCUGGGGCAUAGUCGAGAAUAAUCAGGACCUUAUAGGACACAACACCGAGGUGCCAUAUCAUUCGAUCUCAUCCCCUAGAUCCAAAAACGCGGCUUUAAACAACCGCCACGCCUAUUUCCUAUUAGUCGAUAACGGUACUUUAAGCAAAUACGGAGCCGAAAUCAUCCUGAGGCGCAGGCUCGAACGACACAUAUCAAAACAGCGAUUAUACCCUUUCACCCAAAGUCCCAUCCCCAUCGUAUGUUUGGUGAUCGAGGGAGGCACGAAUACCAUAAGGGCGGUCCUGGAAUACGUCACCGACGACCCCCCCGUUCCUGUUGUAGUCUGUGAUGGUUCAGGCCGGGCUGCUGAUCUCAUUGCUUUUAUGUGCAAGUACGAAUGUUCUAUGUUGAAAACCAUGAAGGAGUACAUCAUAGCGACCAUUCAGCGUGCAUUUGAAGUAGCUGCCGAGCUAGCCGACGGCCUAUUUAGUGAAUUAAUGAUGUGUGUGGAAAAUAAACAUUUGAUAACAAUAUUCCGGAUAGCGGAUAAAUACGACCAAAAACCCCAAGAGCUAGAUCAGACGAUACUGACGGCCCUGUUCAAGUCUCAGCACCUGUCGCCGACGGAGCAGCUGAGUUUGGCGCUGACUUGGAACCGGGCCGACAUUGCCAAGUCGGAAAUUUUCAUUUAUGGGCAAGAGUGGCCCCCGGGGGCUCUGGAGGAUGCCAUGAUGAAGGCCCUGGAACAUGACAGGUGUGAUUUUGUGAAGCUCCUGCUUGAAAACGGGGUGAGCAUGCGUAAGUUUCUCACCAUACCGCGACUGGAGAACCUCUACAAUUCGAAGCAAGGGCCCAGCAACACCUUGAGGUACAUCUUAAGGGAUGUUCGGCCUCACAUACCUACCGGAUACGUGUACACUCUGCACGAUAUUGGGCUGGUUAUUAACAAACUUAUGGGUGGUGCUUACAGGGCAUUCUACACAAGACGAAAAUUUCGACCGAUUUACGCGAAAGUAAUGAACAAAGGGCAAAAUAUGACAAUGAACGCGGCAUCGGCCAGACAGUUUGGUGCGAUGAGUCUUUUGGCGGGUGCGCUGCCCUCUAGCGCCAAUCCCUGUCUGUUCGAUUAUCCUUUUAACGAACUUUUGAUCUGGGCGGUGUUGAUGAAACGCCACAAGAUGGCGCUGCUGAUGUGGCAACAUGGCGAGGAGGCCUUAGCAAAAGCCUUGGUGGCGUGUAAGUUAUAUAAGGCGAUGGCUCACGAGGCGGCCGAAGACGAUAUGGAAACUGAGGUUUACGAGGAGCUGAGGUCUUAUGGGAAGGAGUUUGAGAAUAUUGCUCUAGAAGUACUGGACUAUUGCUACAGACAAGACGAUGAUCAAACGCAACAACUACUAACAUGCGAGUUACAAAAUUGGUCAGGGCAGACCUGUUUGAGUUUAGCGGUGGCGGCCAAUCACAGGGCCCUACUGGCCCACCCCUGUUCCCAAAUCAUCUUGGCCGACUUAUGGAUGGGAGGCUUAAGAACCCGCAAAAAUACCAACAUAAAAGUGAUAAUGGGCCUAAUAUUCCCCCCGUACAUCUUAAGGUUAGAGUUCAAGUCGAAGGAGGAGCUCCAGUUGAUGCCCCAGACCACCGAGGAGCACUUGGAAUUGGAAAACGAGGACGAUGAUAAAAGUGAUUCGGAAAAAAAUCAAGAUGGAGAGCGUAGUAAAGCUGUUCGAAAACAUUACAUACAAUUUUACCCGAAAAAAAAACGUACUAGAAGUUUGAGUAUAAGAAGCAAGACGCCAAACUCGACUGGUGUUAAGGCACUACUGGCCGAGAAUUUCUUAGCCAGAGACCCGAUAAUCCACGAGAACGGGAAACUACCCGCGGAGUACGACGACAAUAAAUACCAUCACGUAUUCUUCACCGACGUUUACUCGGAAAAGGCCCCUAAGCAACGUGAACUCAGGAUCAAGAAGAAACUUUACGAAUUUUUCACUGCUCCUAUCACCAAAUUCUGGUCCAACUCGAUCGCCUACCUAGUGUUCCUGUUCCUAUUCAGUUACACCAUUUUGGUGAAAAUGGAGGAGAUGCCCUCCUGGCAGGAGGUGAUGUCGAUCGCGUUCAUUUGCUCACUCGGAUGCGAGAAGAUCCGCGAGUUGUUCUCUUCUGAGCCGGUGGGGGUCACUCAGAAGUUGGCGGUGUGGAGCUGGAACAUGUGGAACCCCUGCGAUAUGGGAGCGGUCGUCAUGUUUUUGAUUGGGGUCACUUUAAGGUUUCGCACCGAUACGUUCUACCACGGCCGCGUGGUCUACUGCGUCAAUAGCAUCUACUGGUACUUGAGAAUCCUCAAUAUCCUAAGCGUCAACAAAUAUUUAGGUCCCCUGGUAACCAUGAUGGGCAAAAUGGUAAAAAACAUGAUUUACUUCGUCGUGCUGUUGCUGAUCGUGCUGAUGAGUUUCGGGGUGUGCAGACAGGCCAUACUGAACCCCAACGCGGCGCCCCAUUGGAGGAUUGCCAGAGACGUGUUUAUGGAACCGUACUUUAUGUUAUACGGUGAAGUGUACGCGGACAAAAUAGAUCCGGAUUGCGGAACCGACGAGGAUUGUCACGUACCCGGCCGUUGGAUUUCUCCUGUCAUCAUGUCCGUUUACCUUUUGGUGGCCAACAUUCUACUCAUAAACCUCCUGAUCGCCGUGUUCAAUAAUAUUUUCAACGAGGUAAACUCGAUCGCCCAUCAAGUCUGGAUGUUCCAACGGUUCACGGUGGUGAUGGAGUACGAGCAAAAGCCGCUACUGCCGCCCCCUUUUAUCAUUUUUUGUCACAUUUUCUUGCUUAUAAAGUACAUCAGGAGGAAGCUGGAGGGUAAGGAGGAGAGCUACGAUAACGGGUUGAAGUUGUUCUUGGAUAGGGACGAAAUGGAGCGGUUGUACGACUUUGAGGAGGAUUGCGUGGAGGGAUAUUUUGCGGAACAGGAGAAUAAACUGCAACAGUCGACUGAGGAAAGGAUCAAAGUGACUACCGAACGAAUCGAACAUUUAACUCAGAAAGUCGAAGACAUCCACACGAAAGAGAACAUGCAGACCACCGUCCUGCAAAACCUAGAAGUCAGAUGCAGGAAAUUCACCGAACAGUUGACGGACAUCACCAACGAGUUCGAAAUGUUGAAGCAGAUGGUACACAGGACUCAGUCGGCUACCUUAGUCACGCCUCAAGCUACACUUAUAGCCCAAGAUUCCCGGGAGCGCAGCGUAAGCGAGAAAUCCGAAGUGUUUUCCGAGGACGAGUCGGUCGCGAUCGGACAACUGUUGGCCGCCCAUCAACCGACGAAAACGGUCCGUAAGACGAUCGUGCGAUCGUUAACGGAAGUGAGACCGGACGCGUACAUUUUCGAUAACGGCCAGUACAUCGAGUAUCGGCACUCUGAGGACGAGGAGACCGCCCAGGAGACGAAUAAGGAACAGUUAUUGGACAGCAUAUCUGUGGCCGGCAGCAGCUCAAAACUGAAUCUCAUCCGACAACGGACGAAGAGUUCCGAGUCGAAAACCUCGUUGGAAAGCAACCGGAACUCGUUGGACAUAUCGGCGGACGACAUAGCAGCCCUCAGUCUCGACAUACUCAGAACGCGUGCGGCGCAGAAGAGACGCGACUCAGAUUGCGCGCGGCGUGGAUCAGAAAGCGGCACAGGCGAAGACACCUGCUCCUCCUCGACGACCAAACCGACUUUGGGCCGUCGUCAAUUCUCCCAAACGCAAUCCGAACCGGAAACGAGCGAUUUACCAUCGACGGCGACGAUGUCCCAACAGCCAUCGUUCGACCGUAGCGUCACCUUUACCGAACCGAAGAUCAAAGUGAUUCCGCCGACCGGUCGCGGUGGACUUUUGAUGCACAUGCACACCGAAUACGCGAGCAUCACCGACGAAUUGGAAACCGUUUGCGGACUACUCAGUCCACCGAGGAGUCCCGGACUGUUGAGUCCUCCUAGGCCGGAACAGAGUCCGCCUAGUACGAGAAAACGUAACCCCUCCGAAAUGUCCAACCCGGAAAUCGCCAUCAAUUUCGAAAAAGAACAUCUAAGAAACGCCGAAGAGAGCGACUACAUGGUGAUGGAGAAUCUGAUUCACAAGAGGUACGACGGAGCCGACGACGACGAGUCGGAGGAGGAGUUGGAGGAACCCAAAGAGGAUUUGGGAGAGGGAGGGAGCGGACCUGCCUCUAGAGCACCCGCUCUAUUAAGCGUCGUUGCCGAAACAAGAGAGUUUAGGGUAAGCUCGUGGCCAGCCAGGCAGCAAACCUUAAAACGGUCCGAGGCUGUAGACAGCGACUCUCCCUCCACGGGAGGAAUAGGUUCGAGCUCGUGCUCUUCGACCGAUCGUCAAGAUUCGUCCGAAUCGAAGUCGAGCACCAACACGUCGACGAGCAACCCCCACGCGACUCUUAAGCGACCCUCGAUCGUCGUCGAUUCGAGCAAUUUACCGACGUUGAAACCGGAAGUGGACCUCAGCACUUUACGCAGAACCGGAUCGAGGGACAGUUUGCAUCCAGUCCAAAGUGAGACGAUGUGUUAAGUACAGUAAAUUUUCUUUAAAUUGUAAGCAAUAAUAGAAGAGAAAAAAAAGAGAAUGGGAAGCCACACCAUGCGGUCUUUGUUUAUCUCAGCCAUUGAUUAAAAGAACUUAAAAACUGAAAUGUCGAUUGUUUCUCCGAGUUUAACUUUCUCUACGCUUUAGCGUAGGUCGUACAAAUAAAGAUGAAAAAUGAUUGAAAAUGUAGAUACUUACAUUUUCAGCCAAAUAGAACCCUUUUCAUGAGAAAGUUACAUUAAUUAACGAUGAAACUAUGUUUUAAUCACAAUCAUUUAUUUAAUUAAUCUCUUAAACAAACACAAUAAUUACUUCACACCUCAUCAGAUGAAGCAAUGCCAUAAUCAAUACAUUUUUUUAUAAAAAGACAGGAUUUUAAUAUAAACUUUCUACAACCAUCAACUAUAUUUAAUCUUAAUAAUCAAAAUAUUAUAAAAACAACUCGAUAUUGUUUUCAUAAUAAAUCAAAUGCUCUUUUAGCUUUAUUCAUUACUAGCAAGGACUUAUUAAUAAUGACUUUAUUCCUAUUUCUGCAGCAAUUUUACAAAUCAAAAUCAAUAUAAAUAAAUAUAGGUACAUAUAUCAAAUUUAGAAAUUAUGACGGCAACUACCCUGGGAUUCGAUAUAUACAUAUAUAUACAAGAAAAUUCAGUUUAACACAUUAGUGCAUGAAGUAAGAUGGAAUAAGAAACACAUAAGUUUUUUAUUAAACAUUUGUUUAGUGUACUUCAAAUAAGCAGGCAAAUGUGGAAAAAAAAACUAGAAAUGUAUACAUUUGAAAAACAGAACAGUCCCUUAUGAAGGACAUUAUUCUUUGAUAUGCCUAUUUAGUGUGAUAAGCCUUGAAACAUAUUUUGAGAUGUAAGCCCGCAUUACAUUUUACGCAAACAAAAUUUGCCUUUUUUUUUGUAAAAUGCAUACCUUCUAUCAGUCUCCGAAUAUUCCACCAAAUGAUUGAUAUUAUCAAAUCUAACAUCCAGCGGUAAGGUUGGUCUUAGUUUCCCUUUUACAGACUUUACGCCAUAUGAAUGCAGCAAAGCUAGGGCUAUGUUUCUUCGAAAUAUAACUAAAGUUUACGAGCAGUAAAAUAUAUUUAUUCAGGAUAAAUCAAUAUUUCGUUCAAGUAAAUGAUUUAUUCAAUUCAACGUACAGAAGGUGACUAAAAACUGUCUUCUUCCAAACGAACCGAUAGACUCACUUAUUUUUUUUUUUAUCAUCUUUCAGACCCAAACCUUCAAAAUAUCUUAAAUAGCAUAACACUACGCCAGAGUAACAAAAACAUUCAUAUAUGGGCUCGAUUUUGGCUGGAGAACAGUACCGCCGAUUCUUAUUGACCCUGCUUAAGUUGCAAAAGUCAGGGACGGUGUUUCGUUUUAGUAAGGUAAGUUGGGGCAAGAUCGCACGGAAUAUAGAUUAGUUCAAAUUUACCUGAUCAUAGUAUCGGAAAAUGAUUUUAAAAAUAAGUCACAAUCUACAGGUUUCAACUUCAAUAUGUAAGCAAAGAGUUCGCUGGGUGGAACUUAAUACUUGUUAAUAGGAAAAAUUAUAAAAAAAUAAAAUAAAAAAAAUACAGUAGUUCGAACUUGCCCCGGGGGGAAGGGAAAAGAUCGGACAACUUGUUAAGUUAUAAUAUAAGUCUGUAAAGAACACCCUCGGGGUAACAUCGAAUUCCGAACAAGCCCCUGGCAAAUUUCUUCCUAUUUAAACCGUACAUUUAUAGUCGUAUAAUUUUUGUAUGUGUUCGAUCUUACCCCGUAUUUAAAUAAAAACAGCCGUCAGUCGUGAUUUUAGGUGAAGCACUGCUUGGCCCUGCAUCUAAUAUAUCCCUGCCCAGAAUGUCAUUAUUACCAUUCGCUUUGUCAGUUACGCAUACACCGGCAUUCUUUAUAUUUUCAAACUUUUUUAAUGCUUCAGGAUGGUAUUUUUCUUUUGGAAUAACUGUCGGAUUAAAAGGAUAUAUUCCACUUUUCUUAAAUCCAUUUUGAAUAACAUUUGGGCUUAUGUUAUUCCAUAUUUUCCGCACUUUUUCGGAAAAUAUUUUCUUUGGCAAUUUAACGCCUUGAUUUUGUCUUUGCCAAGUAACUAAUUCUUGGUCCCAAGAUGUUUUAAAUGACCUAAAUACAGCAAGGUCAAGGGGCUGCAAAAGGUGGGAGGUAUGCGGCGGAAGCUUUAAAAUAGUUAUACCAUUUUCCUGUGCAAGAGUUACUACCCUAUUGUCUACGUGCGUACUGUGUCCAUCAUAUAUAAGUAAAAUCGGUCGUAGCCCACCCAGUGUAGGAAUUUCAGCUUUCUUAAUGAAGUUGACAAAAAUGUCAGUCUCCAUCCAACCAUUACUGCUAGCAGCGUAUGCUACAUCUGUUUCGCCGUCUCGAUCUGCCAUCCACUGGUCCCAUACAUUCUUGCCCUUAAAGACAAUUAAAGGGGGCGCUUUUUCACCAACAGCAUUCACAGCAGACAAAAUUGUAACGUUCUCCCUUCCGGGACCACUGGUAACACGGGAACAAGCUACACCUCUUGCACCAACUACCUUUGUUUUAGAUGGAUCUAUAGACAAGCUCGUCUCAUCUAAAUUCCAAAUUUGCUAUGGAAGAUCAUUUAAUUUUAAGUCAUUUAAAACUGUCUCUAAUAGGCUAAAAUACUCGUUGAUUAUGAAAGGAUCGGUCAUUUUCUUUCUCGAAUCUUCCACCGCCUGGGGCUUUUUAAUCGAAAGUUUAUGUCGUUAUUUAAAAUUAAUAAACCAGUCGGCACCUGGCAUAUUAUUUUUAAAAGGAGUCUUAAUGUUAUUUUUUGUUACGUAUUCGGCUAUAAUAAACAAAACUUCCUUUCUUGAGGACCCAUUUCUCAAGUGUUUUAAGACCAUUUGCCAAAAUCCUUUCAUGUUCUAAGGAAAUUGCCAAGUUCCAGCGUUUGGCUUUUUAACCCAUGGGUUCCUUUAGAAUGAUCAUGCAGUGUUGAUUUUGGGAUGUGAUAUUUUUUUGAUGCACCGUUGAGGGUUAUUAAUCCCCCUUCUAAUUCAUUAAUGGCUCUCGCAAGGUCCUCCUUGGUGUACUUUUUCCCCCUGUCGGAUUUUCUUACAUAUUUUCGAACCAUCGUCAGACCUGUAACAAAAAAUCAAUACUGCAGAUGUAUUGGGGCAAGAUCGGAAAAAGUUAUUCGAACUUGCCCCUUACUUCUACAUACGGGGAAAGAUCGAACCAACUCAUAAUAACACUCCUUGAAGCUAUGAUUUACUAAUCCAAACAGUUUAUAAAGAUAGACCAUUCACAACAGAGAUUACCUAUAUAAUGUUAAUAACUUACCUUUUGAAGCAAAGUUUGGCGAAGGGAGUAAGUUCGAAUACACAAAAUAAACCAAAAAAACACAAAACUGUAUGUAGUUUACACGAAACACCUUAAAACAAAACGUUGUCUUGUCGAGCACUGCGUGCUAUUGUUUGUUUCACGCGGAGAAUGAUUCCCGCGCUGUUGCCACAACAAUAUGACUUCUGGAGGCUGCGUUCGGACUUGCCCCUUGUCCGAUCAUACCCCAACUUACCUUAGUUCGUUUUAAAAGAAGAUUUUAUUGAAUCCUCAGGGUGAAUUAUUGCCAUAAGUAGCCACGCAUUUACUAUGGACACAUCAAAAAGAUAGGCAAAAAUUGGCCACCACCAUUUUCUUUGUCUUAUUCCGGUCCUAUAGUUGGCAACCAUGUUGUCUAAUUUAUUAUAAUUAUAUAUUAUGCCUGGCUGUGGAACCUUUACCUUAGAUUUAGUUUCUCUGCAGUAACGUGGAGCUGUUUUGUUUGCAGGUACGUCAAAAUUUGAAGCAGCUGCUACAACUUUGUUGUUCUUCCGUUGAACAACUACAACAUCUUGACAUGCAGACUUAUGACAGGAGCCUCUUUUUUCAGUUUUCCAUUCUUGCUUUGACCUUAGUGGACUAUUUUCUACUCGAUUUUUAACGUAAAGUACCUGUGGCACAGUAACCAUCCUGAGACAAUCGACUAAGUAAUUUUAACGAAGUAAAAUUGAUAGCCUUCAUUUGGUGGUAUUUUAGCUUGUUGAAUUAGGGAUAAGACAACGUGGCCUCCUAUUCCAUAUUCUUUAUUCUCGGAAUAAGUUAAAUUAUUUUGUUUGCCCAUAUCAAUAUCAAAAGCUAAAUGCUGUACUCAUUGCUGGUACAAAGAGCCCAGUUUUUGAACCCAAAUCUUAUGGGCUUCCCCUUAAUAAAUUGUUUCGCAUAAUGUUUUCCAUAAUAAGGAAUCCCGCUCUCAUCAAUACUUAGUUUUUCAGCAAGACCUCCGUACAUCCUAUAAUUUUCAUUUAGCCGCUCAAUAACCGGUCGAAGCUUAUAAAGUCUAUCAUCCUCAUCUAUUUUGGAAUUAUCGUUCAUGUGCAAAUUCCGUAAUAUUGUCUCAAAACGGUUGAGACGAAUACUUUCUGCUAAUAUUUUUGGAAUAUCAUUAUUAGCUCCCCAGUUUGUCAUGACAUAAAUUUAAAUUGUUUUGACAUGCAUACAGAUUUGUUUGGGUACCAAUAUGUUCACACAUCGUUGCAUCAAAAAAAAGUUGAAAAAAUGUUAGUGGGGAAGAAAUAUUCACUAAAUCAGCUGGUGGCUGCUCGGGGACACACGUGGAAUUUAUAAUAAAAGACGGUUCUUCAAUAUUCCAAUUCCGUAAUGUUUGAGUUGAUUUUCCACGCUUUUUUUUCUUUGUUGAGGUUUCUUGGUUAUUAAAAACACUAAAAAUUAAAAUAAUUGUUGAUAGUCUCCCUACUUUUAUUGCAUUUCAAUAAAAUAUACAAUUGACAUAACCUCAAAAACUAAACGACAAUCAUAGUGGUUAAUUAAAGAAAAGUACGGAUUUAAAAAACAUACCUGUGUGUUCAGUUAAACUCUUUAGAGCUGCUGCAACUAUUCUUUUGCUUCUGGAACUUGGCAAUUUUUGGCAAAACAAAAACAAAUUUCACGAGCACUAUACACGCGUUGCUUCACUGUUUACCAAAGACUGAAACAACAACUGAAUAAGUCAAAAUGCCGUGUUUAUUUCGCUGCUAUAGCUGGGUAACUAAAGAUACCUAGUUUUAGUAUAAAAUAUCACGAGUAUUUAAGAAAUACCUAUUUUCAAAUUUUAUUUUAGAAGUUAUCUAAAAUUCAACGGACAAUUUUAGAAAUUUUCUAGUUAUUGCAUUAAAUAAAGCAGACAUAGUAGAUCAGUUGCCAGUGGAUAACUCGUUUCUUUUAAAAAUGGAGUUGCCUAGUUGUAGUACUAAGCCCACGAUAUAAUAAGAAAGAUCUCCAACUGAAAAUUCUUUCUGAAAAACUCAUCCAAUUAAAUAUUUAUUAUUGCCGAUCAUUUAGUUAGACACAGGUGAAUAAACACUAUAAUAGUUACCUUAUGUUAACUAAUAAAUUACAAUGUAUUUGAAAUAUGUACAAAUUAUAUUCAUUAAAUAAGUUCUAUGCAUUUGUAUUUGCUCUACUUUGAAACCUAUAUUAAAAAUGUGCAUUUAGGCGCAGAUGUAUAAAUCGGAAGCGAAUGGUCUCUACUCAAAAUUGAAGAAUGGCAAGUACUACUUGUAAUUCUUGGUUUUUUGUUCAACAUUUUAUGCAAUCCAAAAAUUAUUAAUAAUUAUGAUUAUGUGUAUAAGUAAACGAAUAGAUAUAGGUAUAGGUAGUAUAGUAAACAUUUUUUCUAUUUCCUACUAAAUUUAUGGAAUAAAAUCACAUCCAAAGCAAUAUUGCAGUUUUAACACAACUUAACGAGUUUGAAUUAUUUUUAAAAAGAAAAAUUGAGAAAUAGAAAAUGUAAAUAUCAUGUUUUGAAAUAAAAUCAAAAUAGUCAAUCCCCUUCUGGAAAGAACAAAAUGUAUUCAAUGAAUUUUCCUAAUAGACCAGUAAAAGAACUCACAGAAAGUGCACAUUGAGAUUGAAUGGUGCGGUUUUUUUGCAAAUAGUGUCUUAUUUGUUCUAUUUCCUCAUUAAACAUUACGGUUUGAAGGUAUUUCGUGGCAUCUGUUUUAUGAUUAGACAAAUUUUCUUUAAUUUUUUACCCCCUAAACAUUAUAAAUCUAAUUUCUGUUAAUUUUAAGUGUCUGUUAAGGUGUGGCUUCCCAUUCUUAUUGGCCCCAAAAUAGCCUAAUUGCAUACUGUGCGCCCAUAAAACUAACGAGAAUCGCAUUGAAAUUAUGACGCAUGCUUCCUUAGUAGCCUCUAAAGUACAAAAUUAGAAAAAAACAAACCAAAGAUAUGUACCUACCUACCGGCAACUAUGAGGCAUGACGAUCCACUAAACCAAUUAAAUUUCUUCAAAUUAUGUUUUUUUUUCUACUUUCUGGUACGUCUUCCUUUAAUUUUUAUUAGCUCUAUGUGUUCGAACCGCAUUUAAUAAAACGCUUUUAUCACUUUUCGUGACAAUAAAGUUAAUUUAAAACCAAAAUAAAUAAAUUAAAUAAGUUUAGUAUGUGAUAUUUUUAAACAAAUACUUUAUAUAAGCACGCAUUUAGGUAUUAUUUAAUAUAGUAUAUAUAUAUAAAAGGAAUUCUAUAAAAUAAGGAAAAAUCCCCUUUUCUCUCCCCCCACAACUUUGUAUAAUACUUUGAUCCCCUUUGACAAUAUAAUUAUUGUGAUUUCCCUUCUAAUAAAAAAAAAUUCUCGUAGUGUUUUUAGUGCUCAAUUUAGUGCUCAAAAAUGUCGUGUGUGGCAAUACUCAUUUGUUCAUUACUAAAGGUACUUGCAUAAAACGGUUGUAAAAUACCCAUAUACGGGGGGCGCUAAUAAGAAAUUUUGUUCAUUAAAGGAUACUGGGCACAACUUCAAAGAAACCCUCCCCCUGUAUAAUAGAGUUAAUAUAUAUAUUUUUUGUAGCAAUACAAACGCAAAAGGAAUUCAUCAUAUUCAUAGUACAAUAAGCGAAUCAAAAAUAUAAAAACAUAUUGUAUAAAUAAAGAGCAUAUCGACAAAAAUUUUAUCAAACAAAAGAGAUAUUGGUACCUUUAUGAUUUACUUUCUUUUUUUUAUUAUAUAUAGUUAUUAUAAUUUGAUUGUAGAAUAAUAUAUAUAGUGAACAUUUUAUUAUCCAAUUUGUUUUUUCCUCUUUGUAAAUUAAAAUCUGAAUAAAAAUAUUGUUUUGAAAUA